AUGCCGCGAGCCAAGGUACCCCCUGCCAAUCGACUGCGGGCCCAAGAGGCUUGUCUCGCCUGCAGAACAACGAAGAAGAGAUGCAGCGGGACUUUCCCAUGCUCAAAAUGCAUUAAAGCUGGCAAAGCUGAUAGUUGUGUUCCUGGUAAACGGAAGGACAACUAUUUGGCUCCCCAGCAUCAAGAAAAUGGAUUGAGUUCUACCAGUGCCCCUGAUCAUGUUGAUGAGGCUCCCUAUACAACAAACUGGAAUACCUUAGUAGAUACGCUUCAUUAUAGUGCUUACCCUGUAUCUCAUGGAUCGGUAAAAUCAACAGUCGACCCCGGAUCUCCGGAAGCACCACACAAAACUCAUCCGCGGAUGCUGCGGAACCUAGAGGGGGAGCGAGUCUAUGUUGGUAGAGCUGCAUCCUUAUCGUUUCUGCAGUUACUUCGUGAUACUGUGACACAGCACAUCGGACCAUCCCAGUUCUCCCACAAUGUUAAGAGCGAGGACAUGCUCGAAACAGAAGCCCCGCAUGAUAUUCCGUUGACUAUGGAAGGUGGUGCAAAUUCUACUCGGCUGAAAGAUUUUAUUCGAGCAUACCACAUUGCUACAAGCGGAUUCAUUCAUAUACUAUCGGACGCAGAAAAUUUCGAGAUGGCAAAUGAUUCAGGACAGGGGAAGGACCAGAAAACUAAAAGGGCCUUAAGGGACCUCAUAAUUGCCAUCGGGGCGCAAUCUUCAAAAAGUGACCCAGACGCGGUACAAACAGAGCGCUAUUUUUUUGCGCGCGGUCAACACAGUGCUUUUGAUACCAUGUUGGAGAACCCGAGCCUUGAGAUGGUACGACUGUUCCUUUUAAUGUCUUUUUACAUGCUUGGUGCCUGUCGUCGGAACGCAGCGUUCAUGUACAUAGGCGUGGCUGCUCGUGCGGCCAUGGCGUUGGGUCUUCAUCUUAAUGACUCUGGAGCGAUCUCAGUAAGUGAACAGCACCAGAGGGUUCGUGCGUGGAUGAGUCUGUGUGUUUUGGACCUUCUGGUUAGCUCGAUCCUAGGACGACCACCUGCAACUGUAGCUUUGCGCACAGAAACACCAGGGAAUCCUCUCAUUAUGAAACCUCAAGAAUACAGAAUAGAGGAGAGCCUAUUUGCUUCCUUCUGUAUGUCGCAAGUCCUAGAUGAGAUAAUAGUCCGCCUAUACAGUAACAAAGCGGCAUCAACCGAGACGGCAGAAUCUGUCCUGGAGAAACUCAAGCGAUGGAGUGAUGAUCUACCAGAAUCGUUAUUGACAUCACCGCCCAACGAAUGCGAGAGUAAUACUGCCCAGGUGCAUAUUAUUGGUAGUUUACAUAUCGCGUGCUCGUAUCAUUUUGCCGUCAUCAUCAUCACACGGCCUUUUUUGAUAUCAGUGCUUGGGGUACGCUUGGCGCAGCUACACCGACCUUCAGAGAUGGCACCAGAUGGAGUCCUUCAUGAGGAUCCUGCGCAUGCAAAACUGGCAGUUGCCUGCACAGAUUCUGCUUUAUAUAUGAUUCAGACCUGCAUGGAAGUUCACCAUUCUGGCCUACUGCUGGGAAACAUGUGCAUUUUGAAAGCUUUUGUAUUUGCUGCAGCUUUAAUUUUGGGCUUUUUCUUGUUCUCGAAGAAUGAGCCAGACUCGGUGCUGGAAGAAGCUUUCAAUGGUGCUCUUGAAAUUCUCCAGACACUUUCGCUGCAAUCCGCCCAAGCUGCUCAUUAUUACGAGAUCAUUUCAUUCUUGAGAAGUGCGAUUAUUGAACAGCGACAGCAGCUGACGCAACAGAUGCACCAAAAUAAGAGCCGCUAUGUCAGUAAAUUGUUCAGCCUUCACUAUCGCAGACCCACAGCAGAUGCUGCAGAAAAUUCCGUGGCAUCUGUGGACGAUAAUCCUGACAUGUUACCAGAGAACGCCCUCAAUAUAUGGUCUUUUAUGGGCCCCGCUGAGAUCAAUAGUGCACUUCCAGGCUGGGAUGGCAUGGAAUUGCCUCUAUGGGAUAGCUUCCCCUUUGCCGGUGAAUCUUUUCAACUGCCGGAUAAAGUAGGGGAAUCGAGUUCAAUAUUUGACGAAUAA